AUGACCCCACUGGACAACACGCCAGCCUCGUUGAUCACCGUGUGUAGUGGAAUUACGGUUAAUGCCAACGAUGGCUUACCGGAAUGGGUGUGCGACGAUUGUCUGGAAGCAUUGGUUCAAGCGUACAACAUUCGAAUAAAAUGUAUUUCAUCUGAUCGGAAACUACGGGAGAAUCGUCAAGCACUGCUGCCUCCUUUGGCCAUAUUUAACGAAUCAGAGGCAAUAACCACAUCGUCGAAUGCAAUCGAAAGUGAAGCUGUUGUGGAGAGCAAACCUGUGGACACAAAAUUUCGCUGUCCGAUUUGCAAUAAAGUUUUUAAAACUAAUGGCAGUAUGAAAGGUCACAUUUCAUAUUUACAUCAAAAUAAGAAACCGUUUUGUUGUGAGGUUUGUGGACGUCGUUUUUACAACAAAACUGCCUACAAUAAUCAUAUGAAUCGUCAUUACGGUCACCGACCCUUUCCUUGUACCAUGUGCGAGAAAACGUUCGUAUGCAUCGAGAACAUGAAAGUCCACAGGAAUACGAAGCACUUAGCUAUGAAGCAAUACGGUUGCCGCUAUUCAUUGAAUAUCUAG